AUUGCUGGGGAAAAGGUUGGGGAGCCCCUGUUUUAUUCCAGAAGAAGCGCGAGAUACUUCUCGAAGUUGGAUCUACAGUCGGGCUACUACCAGGUGCGUAUCGCGGAAGGAGACGAGCCAAAGACGACCCGUGUGAAAAGCAAGCAACCAACCGGGCGUUUGAUCUGGUUAUGCCUUUUCUUUUGGACUCACCAAUGCCCCUGCCACGUUCUGCACCCUCCACAAUGAGCUAUUCCACCCGUACUUAGACGACUGGUGGUAUACUUUAAUCGUGGGCUAUAGCUAUUCGUUAAACGACCACGUUAGCCACCUCCGGACCGUUUUUAAGGUAUUAAGGAAGAAUCACCUCUAUGUAAAUAAAGAAAGAGAAAUGCUCCUUUGAACAGACGGAGAUCCUAUUCCUAGGGCAUUGGAUGGGCAUCAGAGCCAUCGAGGAGUGGCAAGCACCCACCAAGGUGAGUGAGCUAAAAUCGUUUUUAGGGCUCGUGAACUAUUACCGAAGAUUCAUCGUAAGUUACUCGAAGAGGGCUGCUCAACUCAAAAAUCUCCUAAAGAAGGACGUACGGACCGAUCAUGGCACUGCACUGAUCGGAAGAGUGUCAAAGAGCUUUUGAGGACCUAAAGCAGGCAGUGAUUGAUGACCCCGUAUUGCAGUUGCCAGAUCACACUAAGCCAUUUGAAGUACACACGGAUGCGUCAGACUAUGCCAUAGGCGGUGUGCUAGUACAAUAAGGUAACCCAGUAGCAUAUGAGAGCCGAAAGCUCAAUGAGACCGAGAGGCGUGGUCCAAGAGAAGGAGAUGAAAGCAAGAGUGCACUACUUGAGAACGUGGAGGCGGGUCACGAUUCGUGGUCAAGACGGAUAAUGUGGCGACGAGUGACUUCCUGACCCAGAAAAAACUCACGCCAAAACAGGGACGAUGGCAAGCAAGACAAACUUGCCAAGUUUGAUUGAUAUGGUGCUAGAGUAUAAGCUUGGACGGACCAACCAGGUCGCGGAUGCCUAAAAAGUAGGAAGACAGAGCUGGCGGCAUUUAAGUGUGAGGCAGUGGCAGCCACCAGCAGAGUCACGAGUACCCUAACCGCAUCGUAUUCGAGAUGGGCUCUUGGUCACAAAAGGGAAUCGACUUUUUUUUUCCAAAACCUUUCUUUUUUCGGUAUGCCGCUCCGCGAGCAAGGAGUGCCACGCACGAGCGGAGCGAAAACAAAGCAGGGGGAAUUCUUCGUUGGGGGAAAUCCUUUGAUUGCGUAUUGAAUAUAGAUCCAUGUCUUUCUUGUUCCACUAGCUAGGACCAAAUUCUCACAUGUCCGUUUCGUUAUUACAACCUUCUUUUUUGAUGUCAAAGACCAGAAGCUAUGCGCAAAUUCUCAUUGGAUCUCGGUUGUUCUUAACAGCGAUGGCUAUUCAUUUAAGUCUUCGGGUAGCACCACUAGAUCUUCAACAAGGUGGAAAUUCUCGUAUUCCGUAUGUACAUGUUCCUGCGGCUCGGAUGAGUAUUCUUGUUUAUAUCGCUACGGCUAUCAACACUUUCUUUUUCCUAUUAACAAAACAUCCCCUUUUUCUUCGCUCUUCCGGAACCGGUACAGAAAUGGGUGCUUUUUUUACGUUGUUUACCUUAGUUACUGGGGGGUUUCGGGGAAGACCUAUGUGGGGAACCUUUUGGGUGUGGGAUGCUCGUUUAACCUCUGUAUUCAUCUCGUUCCUUAUUUACCUGGGUGCACUGCGUUUUCAAAAGCUUCCUGUCGAACCGGCUUCUAUUUCAAUCCGUACUGGACCGAUCGAUAUACCAAUAAUCAAGUCUUCAGUCAACUGGUGGAAUACAUCGCAUCAACCUGGGAGCAUUAGCCGAUCUGGUACAUCAAUACAUGUUCCUAUGCCCAUUCCAAUCUUGUCUAACUUUGCUAACUUCCCCUUCUCAACCCGUAUCUUGUUUGUUCUGGAAACACGUCUUCCUAUUCCAUCUUUUCUCGAAUCUCCUUUAACGGAAGAAAUAGAAGCUCGAGAAGGAAUACCAAAACCUAGUUCACUCGCUGAGUCUCUUUGCGUCCAUGGCUGAAUGGUUAAAGCGCCCAACCUAAAAAAGGAUAAAGGGGCAAAUUCG